AUGGAUUCUCAAAAAACCCUCUCUCCUCAUAUACUAAUCUUCCCCUUACCACUACAAGGCCCAGUAAAUUGCAUGCUCAAACUAGCCGAGCUUCUUUGCCUCGCCGAUUUCCAUGUCACCUUCCUCAACACCGACCAUGUCCAGCAUCGUCUUCUCCGAUACACCGACGUCCAGUCCCGUUUCACUCGCUAUCCGAAAUUCCGAUUUCAGGCCAUCGGAGAUGGUUUGUCUGAAGACCACCCGCGUUCGGGUGAUCUGUUCACGGAGAUGGUUGAUGGAAUGGAAGCUGUGACAUACCCAAAUUUCACGGAGAUGGUAACUUCCGGCAAUCUGAGUUCUAAGUCCGAGCAGCCGGUGACUUGCAUCAUAGCAGAUGGGCUCUUCAGUUUUGCUGGUGGUGUUGCUCAACAGAUUGGAAUUCCACUGAUAUACUUCGAGACAAUAAGUCCUUGUGGCUUAUGGAUUCAUUUGUGUGUCCCCAAACUCAUCGAAGCUGGAGAGCUUCCAUUUAAAGGAGAUGACUUGGAUGCGAGGAUAACAUGUGUACCGGGCAUGGAGGGUUUUCUCCGGCGUCGUGAUCUUUCCAGCUUCUGUAGAUCCUGUGACCCGACUGACCCUCUUAUCAAACUAAUUUUGAAGGAGAACCAAGAACUCCAAAAAGCCCAAGGUGUGAUUAUCAACACAUUUGAAGAGCUAGAAGGACCAUUGUUGUCUCACAUGCGCAGUCUUUGCCCAAACCUCUACGCCAUUGGUCCCCUACACACCCAUCACAGGGCUAGACUUGGGACUUCACACGCAACGUUUUCUAACAGUUUAUGGGAAGAAGACAAGAGUUGCUUGGCCUGGCUCGAUGCACAACCAUUGAAAUCUGUGAUCUUCGUGAGCAUUGGAAGUCUUGCUGUCAUGACCAAAGACCAGUUACUGGAGUUUUGGCAUGGUUUAGUCAACAGUGGCAAGCUGUUCUUGUGGGUCAGACAGCAUGGUUCCAUCGCCGGGGACAUUACUGAAAGUCAGAUUCCGGUUGAACUCUUAGAAGGAACAAGGAAAAGAGGGUGUAUUGUGGGUUGGGCUCCACAGGAAGAGGUUUUGGCAAACCCGGCGAUCGGAGGGUUUUUGACUCAUAGUGGGUGGAACUCGACUCUGGAGAAUAUAGUAGCCGGAGUUCCGAUGGCAUGCUGGCCGUACUUUGUUGACCAGCAGGUGAACAGUAGGUUUGUGGGGGAGGUUUGGAAGCUUGGGUUGGACAUGAAAGACACUUGUGAUAGGGUUAUUGUGGAGAAGAUGAUCAAAGAACUCAUGGAGGAGAGGAAGGAUGAGUUCAUGGGUAGGGCUAAUCAGAUGUCAAAAUUAGCAAGAAAGAGUGUUAGUGAAGGUGGGUCUUCAUUCUGUAAUUUAGACCGGCUGAUGGAGGACAUAAGAGUAAUGAGCUUGCAAGCUUCGAAGUCCUAA